CCUGAACGACAUCUUCACAAACAAUGUCAUCGUGCGGCUGUCGCAGAUCAGCGAGGAUGUCAUCAGGCUCUUCAAGAAGAGUAAGGAAAUUGGCUUACAGAUGCAUGAAGAACUCCUGAAAGUCACCAAUGAGCUGUACACGGUGAUGAAGACCUACCACAUGUAUCAUGCAGAAAGCAUCAGUGCUGAGAGCAAGCUGAAGGAGGCAGAGAAGCAGGAGGAAAAGCAGUUCAACAAGUCAGGGGAUGUCAGCGUGAACCUUCUGCGGCACGAGGAGAGGCCACAGCGGCGGAGCUCCGUCAAGAAGAUUGAGAAGAUGAAGGAGAAGAGACAAGCCAAAUACUCUGAAAACAAGCUGAAGUGUACUAAAGCCAGGAAUGACUACCUGCUGAACCUGGCAGCCACCAACGCAGCUGUCAGUAAAUACUAUAUCCACGAUGUCUCUGACCUCAUUGAUUGCUGUGACCUGGGGUUCCAUGCCAGCCUUGCACGGACCUUCCGGACGUACCUGUCUGCUGAAUACAACCUGGAGACCUCCCGCCACGAGGGCCUGGACAUCAUUGAGAAUGCAGUGGACAACCUGGAUGCGCGGAGCGACAAGCACACCAUCAUGGACAUGUGCAAUCAGGUCUUCUGCCCUCCACUGAAGUUCGAGUUCCAGCCCCACAUGGGGGAUGAGGUGUGCCAAGUCAGUGCCCAGCAGCCUGUGCAGACUGAGCUGCUGAUGCGGUACCACCAGCUGCAGUCCCGCCUGGCCACUCUUAAGAUAGAGAAUGAAGAGGUACGAAAAACUCUGGAUGCCACAAUGCAGACUUUGCAGGACAUGCUGACAGUGGAAGAUUUUGAUGUUUCAGAUGCCUUCCAGCACAGUCGCUCCACUGAGUCGGUCAAAUCAGCUGCUUCAGAGACCUACAUGAGCAAAAUAAACAUCGCCAAGAGGAGAGCCAACCAACAGGAGACUGAGAUGUUCUAUUUUACAAAAUUUAAAGAGUAUUUGAAUGGCAGUAACCUUAUCACAAAGCUCCAGGCUAAGCACGACUUGCUGAAGCAGACUCUUGGGGAAGGUGAAAGAGCUGAAUGUGGAACAACCAGGCCCCCAUGUCUUCCCCCUAAGCCACAGAAAAUGAGGAGACCUAGGCCUCUCUCAGUCUAUAAUCAUAAACUCUUUAACGGCAAUAUGGAAACGUUCAUUAAGGAUUCUGGACAGGCCAUUCCACUUGUAGUAGAAAGCUGCAUUCGUUACAUCAAUUUGUAUGGCCUUCAGCAGCAGGGCAUUUUUCGAGUUCCUGGCUCACAGGUAGAAGUCAACGACAUCAAGAAUUCCUUUGAACGAGGUGAAGAUCCCCUUGCUGAUGAUCAGAAUGAACGUGACAUCAACUCAGUGGCUGGAGUCUUGAAGCUGUAUUUUCGAGGACUGGAAAACCCCCUCUUUCCUAAGGAAAGGUUUCAAGAUUUGGUAUCUACUAUAACAUAUGCUGUCAGAAGGGCUGUAGGUCUGCAAUGGAACUUGUGAGGAAAAGACAUUGAGGAUGCGCGCUGUCAGUGCUGGAGGUAAGGCAGAGGUGUAACAUCUUGCUGUGGUUCUUCUAAAAUCCAAAGAAUCAACUUCAGGCUUAGGCUAGUGGGCUGUAUACACGUUGCUUGUUGCAUGAGAUCUCUUUGGUCACUUGAACACAGCAGGCAAUGUCUUCCUGCACACUCUGUCUACACAGAUCAUAGCUGUUCUUGAGCUGUUGCAUGCCGUGCAGCUAGGACUGAGAGUUUGCAGCAUUGUGUGCUAAGCAAAGCAGAGGUCAGUACUUCAUAGCUAUUCAGGAGACUUCUCUGAUCCAUGAAGUCAGCAAAGUGGUUGCAACCUCACAGAGUCAGGGGUUCUCAAAGUAUUUGCUGCUUGUUUGUAUGCCCCAAAGAAAAACAGGCUUCACUGGGAUGUGAGCAGAGGUGGAAGCUGAGCUUCGUUAUGAAAUGAUAUGAACCAACUGUUGGGGUUGGUUUCAGGGGAGAAGCCUGGUCACCCCUAUGUUCUGUCCUGACUUCUCUCAACCCAACUUGUUCCUGUGCAACUGAAGAAACGGAUCUCCCAGCUGAGCCUUAUUUCUCACAGUACCUUGUAGUGAUUUUGUUUAGCAUUUGUUUAUUGGCAAGUCAUGGAAAUCGCUCCCGUUGGGGAAAAGAAGGCAGAAUAAAUUCAGUGCCUUGGAGACAGUAGAAGAAUGUUGUGCACUGUGGCUACAGGACAGCGUUGUUUGAUGGGAGCAGUGUUGGGCUGUAUGGUUUGCCUGUUGGCCUGCAGGUGCUCUGGGGCUGAUGAGUGAAGGGCUGAAGGGCUGUGCCCUUGCUCAGCUGUCACUGCUCAGGGCUCCUUCCUGCCUGGCAGUGUAGAUGUGCAUAGCUGCUGGAGAUGUAGCAAUGUCAAGACAGACAGAUGAUACCUGGAGGGGAAGGGCUCAGGGAUGGGUUUGUUCCAGAAGAGGAAUGUAUUCUUAUUUCUCAGGAGCAGUUGUUUUGUAGAGUAGCUGUUUGAAAUUUGCUGUUGCCUUUCCCUUUUGAUGUGUAAAACAGUGCAACACACCUGUAACUCUGCAAGCAAAGGAAGCUAUUUCUGCCCCAGGCAGGGAGCUCGUCUGGCCAUGAGCAGAUGCAGCCACCCCUGGGCUCUGCAGCAGCAGAGCUGUGGGAAGUGUGCCUGGUGCUGUGCAGCCAACCCUAGUUAAUGCUGGUUUGCACCAUUUGGUAAGCUUUUGGGAGCUUCUUGUUGCAAACAGAAUGGGUUAACUUCCUGGGUUCUGCCCCUGGGAGCUGCGUGGUUCCCUGCCGGCGCGAUGGGGUGAUGAUAAAGGAAGGGCUGCUUUCUCCUUUUGCUUUGUGGGGAACUAAGAGUUUAUGUGGAGACGUCCCUUAAACAUGCGUGGGAAGCAGACGGGUAGGAAAGGCUCUUUGCUAGCAGAGGUUCAUUCUGGGGUAUGCGUGUGUUAGAGAGCGAUUGGUUACUCCAUUAAUCCUCUGAAUUGCAGCCAGUUUGAAACGUUUUGGUACGUAGAAAGGCAGGAACUUCAAGGCAGCUUGUUCCUCUGGGUUUCAGAACAGAUGCCUGUUGUUGUAUUGCUUUAUCCCGUGUUUGUUUGAUGUUUUUAUUUUUAAUGUAUUCUUAAAUAAACACAAAGGGAAGAAAUGAAGAACCGGUAAGCUGUAGUGUGAUGAAUUCAUUCCUCAGAAGGAAAAAAGUUCUGAAACAAAAUAUUAUAAAGAUUUCUGGUUUGGGAUUGAAGCCAAAAUUGGUUCUGAAUUUUUGAACGAAUGGCAGCCUGGCAGUGGGCCAGGGAAGUUCAUUGUGAUUAGCAAAUGUCAGAGUUUGAGCCGGCACGGGGAAGGAGCCCUCCACUGAUGUGGUUUGUUCCAUGCCUCGAGGGCUGCCUGACCCCAGGCUUUGGUGCUCUUUGCCAAAGGGCAGAAGCGAAUCUUCAAGUGCCAACUCAGAUUAAAUUCUCUUUAAAACCAGUGGGAAACUUAAGCAGAAGGGCUGAGGAAGACCUGAUAUUUAUACCCAUGAAAGAGCAAAGCUAAUAAAAGCCUUAUCUUAAAAUCUGCGCUAGAACGCCAAACGGUGUGCUGCUUUCCAGUGCCAGAUUGGCUGAAGCUUUUGAGAAACAGAGGAACUGCUGAAUAAGUAACUAAAUAAUGCAUUAACAGGCAUUUUAAAAAUGGAACCAUGGAAAUGCCUUUGUUUGCUUUUACACUAAAUCUUGGCUGUACGUAGGAAUUGACCUGUGCAAGAGCACUGUGCUGAUUCUGUGCCGACUCCAUAGUGUAAACCAGUGGAUUGAAUCAGGAUUUGUGCUGUUGUUUUCCUUGUGUAGUUGGCUACUAAAUCUGGAGCAAGUCCCUUUAGUGCCAUGCACUCUAGUCCUGAGGAGUUUUAAAGA